AUGCCUUCUCAAAGAGCAAGAGGAGCCUUAUGCAACGCCAGAGUGAACCACGGCUCGUCCCCCCCAGCUGGUCCAUCCGAAGGUUCUCUUCUGAUAGACCCCGCCGUUCUAGGAUACGGCGGUGGUUCUUACGCCUACGACGACUACGACUACGAUGCGGAUGGGUACGACAGUGACAACGGCUCCUACUGCAGCGAUGACUCCUGGGGCGAUUCGGAUUCUCUCUCCUCCAGCGAGGCCACAGAAGAGGAGGAGUAUCUGGGGGGAGGGGAACCCUACCAAGGCACAUUCGUGGCCGCGGUUGUUCCGUACGUGCAACCACUCGCAAACACAAACCUCGACGACAUGGAAGGAGUCAACUUCUCUGCUUCCGAGAGCACAGCUUUCGAGAUUGUCAUUGUCGAUGAUGACGAAGACUACAACGACCACCUGGAAACUCUUGACCUCGCCGUCUUCGUCGCUGAAGAGUCACUCAUGGAGGAACCUGUCCACCUCGACACCACUGAGUACUGGGCUUCCUAUGGCUCUGGUGAUCUAGACAGCGACGAUGACGAGUCUUGCAUCUCUCGAAGCGACUUCGCCAACAUUCUCGCCGAGCGGGGUUUCGUCUCCGUUGACCCAACGGAUGACGACCUGGACAUGUUCGACGCAUACCUCUCAGAGAACGAUACACCGAUGGCUACCUCAUAUGGCACACAUGAAGAUGGUGUUGAGUAUGCCGAUGUGCCAAUUUUCGUUGAUACCCCUACCGCAGGCAACGAGAGCAACGAGAGAUCUAGCGAUAACGUUUUGAAGCGCAAACUUGAGACCGAGAGUGACGAUGAAGGAAAGCUUCACAGGCAGAAGAGAGCUUCUACUCUGUAG